UAAAAAAUUUUGCAAGUUGCCAUUUUAUUUCAUUUUUUUAAUGAACAAAACGAUGAGAUGAGAAGCUCUGGACCUCUCUCUAUUGGUGGAGCUGCCAGUGAUGGCGGUGUAUUUUGGACGCUUCUGUUGAGAAUUCCUCCACUCUCCUCUUCUCGAUUCACCCGUUAGAAUACAACCUCCGCUAUUCUCGGCGAUCUUUUGACCUUCCAUUUCCGGUCACGAUUUUCCUCUCUUUAUGGUGACCAGUGAUUAUAUGAUCGUCAACGGCAAUGCGUUUAGCAAGAUGGAAGACGAUUACAUCAGAAGGCACCAUAAGCACGAGGUUAAAGACCAUCAGUGUAGCUCCUCUCUCGUUAAACACAUCAAGGCUCCAGUUCAUCUAGUGUGGUCUCUGGUGAGAAGAUUUGAUCAACCGCAGAGGUAUAAGCCGUUUGUUAGUAGGUGCAUUGUGCAGGGAGACCUUCAGAUUGGAAGUGUUAGGGAGGUGAAUGUUAAGUCUGGACUUCCAGCUACCACUAGCACUGAACGAUUGGAGCUGCUAGAUGACGAGGAGCAUAUAUUUAGGAUGAGGAUUGUUGGAGGAGACCAUCGGCUUAAGAACUACUCGUCCAUCAUUACUGUCCAUCCAGAGGUCAUUGAUGGGAGACCAGGGACAAUUGUCAUAGAGUCGUUUGUGGUUGAUGUGCCAGAUGGGAACACCAAGGAUGAAACGUGUUACUUUGUUGAGGCCCUAAUUAAAUGUAACCUGAAGUCACUGGCUAAUGUAUCAGAGCGUUUGGCAGUGCAAGACCGAACUGAGCCCAUUGGCAGAAUCUGAAGCAUUUGGAGCAGACUGCCAGUGCAGUGGCUUCUGUUUAUGCAAGUGGAAAACGUAAUGGUCUGUUGUCAGAAGCAGAUUGAGAGUUUCACAUACUAUAGGCAAAGUUUCUUUUUCUUUAUAAUAUGCUCACUCCCUUUUCACCAUUUGGAUGUCUUGUCUAUAUUAGCUGACAAGUACGAUCAUCUAUGCCCAUAUGCUUCCUAAAUGAAACAGCAAACUAGAUUUUCACUGUUGCGUGUGUGUUCUUUUUUGGGUGCUUUAAUAAUGGGGGUAUAUAUUGACCUCUGAUUGUAAAUAUGAAUGCAUGGAGAGAAUUAGUUUAACUAUGAAACAGAUGCUUGUUCGCAUCAUCCUUGGAAAUUAUAUAUGGUACACCUCUUUCUAUUUGCCGGAGGAAUGGGAUACAAGAAUGUAUGAUCUUGUUUCUUUAGGAAGAAACUACAAAUAUGUAAGCUGUGUUCUUUUAGUUUAUUGAUGCCUUUUUUACCA